UUAAUAAUACAAUAAUCAUUUUACUACGAAAAGUAGAAAGCCAACGCCAACAGUGGCAUCAGCCCAAACGAUUCGGUGAGAAUCAAGCUGUGUUUCUCGGACACUCAAACGUUCAAUCUGAUUUUCCAUUGAGCAUCGUAUCCGUUUUAUUGUUGGCUCUGAUAGAAGGAGAUAGUGGAGAAUUGGAAUCCUUGAGCUUUUGAGUGGUAAUAUUAUGUUAGCCAUUACUUCUUCCACAUCCAGAGCAAAGGGAUUCGAAACUUUUUAGGAGCCUGUUAUCCCAUGUUUUCUUUGGGCAGCGUGGAGUUGGUGGACUUGGAUGGCUUUUCAGUUGCUGAGGUCUCUCCAUAAGAAUCACGCAAACAAGAGCCCUUUGUUAAUGGAGCGAACAGAGAAUCGUAGUGAUAAUGAUCAUAUCAUUGACAUUACAAGCAGUAGUGAUGCUUCUUCUUCUAGUCCAUCUCAUGAGAGAUUAACCACUUCAUCGGAACGUCAGAGAGUUGAGGACCAACCAUCUACUAGUUCCGUGGCUCCUGCUUAUCAGCCUCAGCAAUUUUCAGCUAGUGGAUCAAACUCAAGGAAUUCAUCGCUACUUCGAAGAGGAAAUACUAGAGCCCAUCGAAGAAGCCCUUUGAAUUCUGGAUUAUGGAUAUCUGUUGAGCUGCUGCUGACAGUUAGCCAAAUAGUUGCUGCUGCUGUUGUAUUGUCUUUGUCGAAAAAUGAAAAGCCACGUGCUCCUCUGAGAGCGUGGAUCGUUGGUUAUGCAUCUGGUUGUUUGGCAAUUCUUCCCCUUCUGUACUGGCGGUUCAAAUAUCGAAACCAGAGUUCUGAACAAGAUUCAUCGCAGCAUAACCAGGAUCCAUCUCCAGGCAAUAACUCUUCCAUUCCUUUGACUAGAAGAUCCACAGAUGUGGAAGAUCGAUGGACAAGUGGUACAACAACUAGAGGUACCCUAAGCAAUGGAUUACCAAAUCCAAGGCUAAAGGUACUUGUUGAAUACUUCAAGACAGCUUUGGAUUGUUUCUUUGCUGUUUGGUUUGUGGUUGGUAAUGUGUGGAUUUUUGGCGGGCACUCUUCAUCUUCUGAAGCUCCCAAUCUAUACAGGUUGUGUAUAGUGUUUCUCACCUUCAGCUGUAUCGGAUACGCAAUGCCUUUUAUUUUGUGUGCUACAAUCUGCUGUUGCCUCCCGUGUAUCAUUAACAUUCUGGGCUUCAGAGAAGAUUUCUCUCUCAAUAGAGGAGCUAGUCAAGAUUCGAUUAAUUCUCUGCCAACUUAUAAAUUUAAAGUGAAGAAAAAUAAGAGCAGUGGUAGUAAGGACCAUAGCUCAACUGCAGGUGAAGGUGGAAUAGUGGGCGCCGGGACAGAAAAAGAGCGCGUAUUAUCUGGAGAAGAUGCAGUUUGCUGUAUAUGUUUAGCCAAGUACGCCCACAAUGACGAGCUCAGAGAAUUGCCGUGCGCCCAUUUCUUCCACAAGGACUGUGUGGAUAAAUGGCUGAAGAUCAACGCUACAUGUCCGCUGUGCAAAGCUGAGGUUGGGGAAACAGUGCUGAGCUCUCUGACCGAAGCAACCGCCAAUCUCAGAAACAGCACCCUUUCCUAAACUGCCGCGAAGAAGAAGAUGAUGAAAAUGUCGAAGCAGUUUGUUCGACUUGGGGAUAAGCUUUUAUGCUGUAGCUUGGCUGUGUUCUUGUGUUGCCAUUUAUAAUAACCUUACCAUAAAGAACCAUCUCAACUGUCAAGUGCUGAUGUUUUGUUUUGUUUUGUAUGUGACCGCAAAUUUUAGGCGAUGUUUGAUGUAUGUGUGUAUGAGUAUGAAUGUCAGCAGAAAAGUGUUGAGGAGUUUGCAUCAGCUUCAAUUUGUAUUUCUUAUUUAUUGUG